AUGAUAGGCUCGAACCUUUUGCAUCGAAAACAGGAUCUUGGGGCAAGAAAGUCCCAAGAUCUUGCUAUUUCUCGUGCAAGAAACAAUCUUUUUACCAUCUUGGCGAUACCAAAUAUUGUUGGUUAUUUGAAAGCUGGUAUUUUGAAUGACAAUCUAUCAGAAACAUUAAGUGAUACAUUUCAACAACGAUUGCAUCAAUUAUAUGAUGGCAAUCUAUGCGACGUUUAUGAAGAAUCAAAAUCAUUAAGGUUUAGUCUUCCUGCCUUUUCUGGUCUUAGUGGUUCUGGAAUCUCCAUUGAACCUGGUAAAUUAGUUAGUGUUUUACACUCGUGGCAUGGAGUGUUCACAAUGGGGUCAUUAAUACUUAAUUCGCAAAUAAUAAAAGACUAUUUGGAAAAAUCACAACAUUGA